GACUCCCGACCGAGAAGCCUCGCGGUGGGACCAAGUGGCAAAACGACUCCGAAUGCAACGGCAUCCACGCGGCGGCCGUGGUUGAGGAACAGAAGCUGAGAGCGGCGAGGGCGGUCACAGAGGAAGGAAGUUCAGGGUUAGCCAACAGGAGCCGCAGGUGCCCCCGAAAAGGGGGCGGGGUCAGGGAUGCCCUGAACUCCGAAUGCGAAGUUCUGUCUUGUCAUAGCCAAGCACGCUGCUUCUUGGAUUGACCUGGCAGGAUGGCGCCACCACCAGCUGGAAUAAAGCUAGGUGCGUUCCUGGCAGUGACUCCGAAUCCCGGGAGCGCAGCGAGUGGGACAGAGGCAGCCGCGGCCACACCCAGCAAAGUGUGGGGCUCUUCCGCGGGGAGGAUUGAAGCACGAGGCGGGGGCCGAGGAGCGCUCCCUACCCCCAUGGGACAGCACGGACCCAGUGCCCGGGCCCGGGCAGGGCGCGCCCCAGGACACAGGCCGGCGCGGGAAGCCAUCCCUCGGCUCCGGGUCCACAAGACCUUCAAGUUUGUCGUCGUCGGGGUCCUGCUGCAGGUUGUACCUAGCUCAGCUGCAACCAUCAAACUUCAUGAUCAAUCAAUUGGCACACAGCAAUGGGAACAUAGCCCUUUGGGAGAGUUGUGUCCACCAGGAUCUCAUAGAUCAGAACAUCCUGGAGCCUGUAACCAGUGCACAGAGGGUGUGGGUUACACCAAUGCUUCCAACAAUUUGUUUGCUUGCCUCCCUUGUACAGCUUGUAAAUCAGAUGAAGAAGAGAGAAGUCCCUGCACCACGACCAGGAACACAGCAUGUCAGUGCAAACCAGGAACUUUCCGGAAUGACAAUUCUGCUGAGAUGUGCCGGAAGUGCAGCACAGGGUGCCCCAGAGGGAUGGUCAAGGUCAAGGAUUGUACGCCCUGGAGUGACAUCGAGUGUGUCCACAAAGAAUCAGGCAAUGGACAUAAUGUAUGGGUGAUUUUGGUUGUGACUUUGGUUGUUCCGUUGCUGUUGGUGGCUGUGCUGAUUGUCUGUUGUUGCAUCGGCUCAGGUUGUGGAGGGGACCCCAAGUGCAUGGACAGGGUGUGUUUCUGGCGCUUGGGUCUCCUACGAGGGCCUGGGGCUGAGGACAAUGCUCACAACGAGAUUCUGAGCAACGCAGACUCGCUGUCCACUUUCGUCUCUGAGCAGCAAAUGGAAAGCCAGGAGCCGGCAGAUUUGACAGGUGUCACUGUACAGUCCCCAGGGGAGGCACAGUGUCUGCUGGGACCGGCAGAAGCUGAAGGGUCUCAGAGGAGGAGGCUGCUGGUUCCAGCAAAUGGUGCUGACCCCACUGAGACUCUGAUGCUGUUCUUUGACAAGUUUGCAAACAUCGUGCCCUUUGACUCCUGGGACCAGCUCAUGAGGCAGCUGGACCUCACGAAAAAUGAGAUCGACGUGGUCAGAGCUGGUACAGCAGGCCCAGGGGAUGCCUUGUAUGCAAUGCUGAUGAAAUGGGUCAACAAAACUGGACGGAACGCCUCGAUCCACACCCUGCUGGAUGCCUUGGAGAGGAUGGAAGAGAGACAUGCAAAAGAGAAGAUUCAGGACCUCUUGGUGGACUCUGGAAAAUUCAUCUACUUGGAAGAUGGCACAGGCUCUGCCGUGUCCUUGGAGUGAAAGACUCUUUUUACCAGAGGUUUCCUCUUAGGUGUUAGGGGUUAAUACAUACUAGGUUGCUUUUUUUUUUUUUUUAACAUUUAUACAAAGUAAAUUCUUAGCCAGGUGUAGUGGCUCGUGCCUGUAAUCCCAGCACUUUGGGAGGCUGAGGCGGGUGGAUCACUUGAGGUCAGGAGUUCAAGACCAGCCUGACCAACAUCAUGAAAUGCCAUCUCUACAAAAAAAUACAAAAAUUAACCGGAUGUGAUGGUGUGUGCGUAUAUUCUCGGCUACUCGGGAGGCUGAGGCAGGAGAGUCACUUGAACCCACGAGGCAGUGAGCCGAGAUUGCACCACUGCACUCCAGCCUGGGAGACGGAGCAAGACUCCGUCUCAAGAUAAAAUAAAAUAAACUUAAAACAAUGAUUGCCCGACUGAGGCUCACAUGCCAAAGAAAAAUCUGGUUCUCCCCUGAGCUGGCCUCCGUGUGUUUCCUUAUCAUGGUGGUCAAUUGGAGGUGUUAAUUUGAAUGGAUUAAGGAACACCUAGAACACUGGUAAGGCAUUAUUUCUGGGACAUUAUUUCUGGGCAUGUCUUCGAGGGUGUUUCCAGAGGGGAUUGGCAUGCUAUCGGGUGGACUGAGUGGAAAAGACCUACCCUUAAUUUGGGGGGGCACUGUCCAACAGACUGGGGAGCAAGAUAGAACAAAAAAAGAAAAGAAAAGAAAAUCCAUCUGAUCUCCUGGAGCUGGGACACUCUUCUGCCUGUGGACAUCAGACUCUAGGAUUUCUAGCCCUUGGACUCCAGGGCAUACACCAGUGGCCUCCCGAAGGAUCCAAGGAUUUUGGCCUUGAACUAAGAAUUACACCAUCGGCUUCCCUGGGUCUUAGGUUUUUGGACUGGAUUAAGCCCUGCUUCCAGCAUCUCAGGGUCUCUGCUGUGCAGAAGGCCUGUUGUGGAACUUCUCAACCUCCAUUAUCAGAUGCAUUAAUUCCUCCAAUAAGUCCCAUUUCAUAUAUAGUCAUUUACCCCACAACAUUUCAGUCAAGGGAACAGCAUAUAAGAUGGUGGCCGUCCAGUAAGCUAAGGUUAAUUUAUUAAUUAUUUAAUUUAUUUACCUUGAGUUCAAGUCACAAUUAAAGUACAUAUACCUUUGGAAAUUUGGACUUUUGUAUAUAAAAGUACUUUUUUUUGGCGGGGGCAGUGGGGAACCCUCAUCCUAAACAAAUGUGUUAUUUGGUACCUAUGCAAAGAUUUGGCUAAAAGAAAGAACAGAAUUGCUUCCGUAAAUGGAGCCUUUUCUUAGAAAAACGGGAGCCCAUCUAAAUGUUUUUCAAGGUCACGUGAUCUGAGAUUAUCUUUAGUAAAUAGAAAGCUAGUUUAAGUUUCUUGGUUUAAUUAAAAGAGACAAUUCUUAAGAGUUGUCAACACUAUUUACAGUUCACACAUACAACUUCUACCUGGAUUUACUAAUCAAAACACUUAAGUGUGGCCGGGCAUGGUGGCUCAUGCCUGUAAUCCCAGCACUUUGGGAGGCCGAGGCGGGUGGAUCACAGGGUCAGGAGAUCAAGACCGUCCUGGCCAACACGGUGAAACCCUGUCUCUACUAAAAAUACAAAAAAUUAGCCGGGCGUGGUGGCGGGCGCCUGUAGUCCCAGCUACUCGGGAGGCUGAGGCAGCAGAAUGGCGUGAACCUGGGAGGCUGAGCUUGCAGUGAGCCGAGAUCGUGCCACCGCACUCCAGCCUGGGCGACAGAGCAAGACUCCGACUCAAAAAAAAAGAACACUUAUGUGUCUUUAAGAUCAUAAAACUGUAAAUUCAACUGAAGAACAAAAUGCACAAGGAAAAGAUAAAUUUCUUGAUAUAUAUGAAACACAAGAAAGAAAAAGAAGAUUGAAAAGAGCCAUAUAUUUUCAAUGUAUGUUUCUUUGUAUUUUGUGUGUUUUUAUGUGUUUAUUUUUGUGUUUUUUAUGUGUUAUGUGAUGUUUGUGUCUUUUUUGAUAUUUUUAUAAGAUGUCUACCUCCUUUUUUUUUUUUUUUUGAGACAGAGUCUCUUGUCACCCAGACUGGAGUGCAGUGGCACGAUCUCCACUCACUGCAAGCUCCGCCUCCUGGAUUCACACCAUUCUCCUGCCUCAGCCUCCUGAGUAACUGGGACUACAGGCACCCACCACCACACCUGGCUAAUUUUUUGUAUUUUUAGUAGAGACGGGGUUUCACCGUGUUAACCAGGAUGGUCUGGAUCUCCUGACCUCGUGAUCCACCCACCUCGGCCUCCCAAAGUGCUGGGAUUACGGGCAUGAGCCACUACACCUGGCCAAGAUGUCUACUUUUAAAUAUUUUUAUAUUUAAUUUUUGGUAACUUAAAAAUCUUAUAUUAACCUAAGUUAAAUGAUGGUUAUUUGUAUUAGUCUGUUUUCUGUUGCUAUCACUGAAUACCUCAGAGUAGGGAGUGGGUAAUUUAUAAAGAAAAUAAAUUUAUGUAUUAUGGUUCUUGGGCUAGGAAGUCCAAGGGCAACAGGCCAAAUCUAGGGAGGGCCUUCUUGCUAAUGGGCUCUGAUAUGGUUUGGAUCUGUGGCCCCAUCAAAGUCUCAUGUUGAAUUGUAGUCCCCAGUGUUGGAGGUGGGGCCUGGUGGAGGUGAUUGGAUUAGGAGGGCAGAUUUCUCAUAAAUGUUUUAACACCAUUCCUCUUGGUACUGUCCUUCUGACAGUGAGUUCUCAUGAGAUCUGAUUGUUAAAAAAUGUGUGGCACCUCCCCAUUCUCUCUUCCUCCUGCUCUGGCCAUGUGAAGUGCUGUCUCUUCCUUUGCCUUCUGCUGUGAUUGUAACUUUCCUGAGGCCUCCCUAGAAGCCAAGCAGAUGCCAGCAUCAUGCUUCCUGUACAGCUUGUGGACCUGUGCGCCAAAUAAACCUCUUUUCUUUAUAAAUCACCCAGUGUCUGGUACUAAUUUAUAGCAAUGUGAGAACAAACUAAUACAAAGUCUCUCUGCAGCGUCCCAAGUUGGUGCAGGAAUUAUAUGGCAAGGGGACACACUGAGAGAGACAAACAGGCUUUUACCACAGAGUCACACUGUAUUAGUCUGUUUUGCAUUGCUAUAAAGAAAUACCUGAGCCUGAGUAAUUUAUAAAGAAAAGAAGUUAAUUAGCUCACGGUUCUGCAAGCUGUACAGGAAGCAUGGUAGCUUCUGCUUCUAGGAGACCUCAGGAAGCCUCCAAUCAUGGCAGAAGGCAAAGGGGGAGUGAGCUGUCUCACAUGGCCAGAGCAGGAGGUAGAGAGGGGAAGGUGCCACACACUUACAAACAACCAGAUCUCAGGACAACUCACUCAGUAUCAGGAGAACAGCACCACGAAAUUGUGGUUAAUCAUUCAUGAGAAGCCUCCCACGACACAAUCACCUCCCACCAGGCCCUACCUCCAACAUCUGGGAUUACAAUUCAACAUGAGAUUUGGUGGGAACACAGAUCCAAACCAUAUCACGCACAAAUGCAAUUACUCCACACUCACGGUAACCCAUUAAUCUGUGAAGGAUUAAUCUGUUCAUGAAGGCAGGGCCCUCAUGAUGGAAUCACAUCUUAAAGCCCCUACGUCUGAGUACUGUUACAUUGGGGAUUUAGUUUUAAUAUGAUUUUCAGAGCAGAAAAACAUUCAAACCAUAGCAAUAUGUAUUGAAUAUCUAUUUCCAAAUAAGAUAUUAAUAUGAUACUGAAACAUUUAUUGCUGAACAUAAAUUUAGAACUUACUUUGCCUACCUAUUACAGAAGAACAAAAGAUAUUUGGGCCUAUUAAACCUUUCCUCUGCCAUUUCCUGUCCUGUGUCAUAGGACUAGGAAUCGUGUUUCUAGAAAUUAUGAAAUCGUGUGCUUGCAAACUUGGAAGAAAACAGUUCAUGACUGCAUACCUUCUAGUUCUCUAGUGUUCACUGGAAAUUAAAGUCACUAAAAGUUAACAAUUCUUAUUAAUUAAUCAUAUUAAUGUAAUUGGAAUUUCUAGAAAUAUUAGGGGAAGCAACUUUAUAUGCAAAGCAUAACAGAAAAAUAAGGUGUAUUUUUUUCUUCGAAAUCUAUGAAAUAUACUGGCCAGGCACGGUGGCUCAUGGUUGUAAUCCCAGCACUUUGGGAAGCCGAGGCGGUGAAUCACCUGAGCUCAGGAGUUCGAGACCAGCCUGGCCAACAUGUUGAAACCAUGUCUCUACUAAAAAUACAAAAAUUAGCCAGUCAUGGUGGCAGGUGCCUGAAACCCCAGUUACUCCGGAGGCUGAGGUGGGAGAAUCGCUUGAACCCAGGAGGUGGAGGUUGCAGUGAGCCAAAAUAGCACCACUGCACUCCAGCCUGGGCGACAAAGCAAGACUCUUUCUAAAAAAACGAAAAUGAAUAAACAUAAAAACUAUGAGACAGAAAAGAUGGGUUUUUGUUAAAAUAAAAAAUAAUAUUGUUUUAGUUUGAAAAUUAUUCAAAGGUUGUUUCAAAAUGAAUCAAUAAAAAACAGAUAAAACUGAA